AUGGGCCGUAUGUACGGGAAGGGCAAGGGUAUCUCGUCCUCGAGUGUCCCUUACCGCCGCAGGCCGGCCCCCUGGGUCAAGACCAGGCCGCUGCAGCUCGAGCAGCAUAUCGUGAAGCUCGCCAAGAAGGGUAUGACCCCCUCGCAAAUCGGUGUGGUGCUUCGUGAUUCCAACGCUGUGCCCAUGGUGAAGGCCAUCACGAACAACAAGAUCCUGCGCAUCCUCAGGGGACACGGUUGGGCGCCGGACAUUCCGGAGGACCUGUACUUCUUGGUCAAGAAGGCCGUGGUGAUGAGGAAGCACAUGGAGCACAACCUCAACGACAAGGACUCGAAGUUCCGCCUCAUUUUGCUCGAGUCCAAGAUCCACAGGCUUGCGCGUUACUGCAAGAAGAAGCGCCGCCUUCCCGCCAACUGGAAGUACAAGUCGGAGACUGCCAGCGCCCUUCUGGGUUAG